GUAGCGAUUUGUAAUUGCGCAGGGUUAAGUACUGGAAACUUUCCAGUUAAAUUAUCAUAGAAUUAAAAUUAUCGAUAUAGUAAAAUAAAAUGGCUGUUGUUAAACGUGGAGGCCGUACAAAGGCUAAACAACAACAACAAGCCCCUACAAAAUCAGGUAUCAAAAAGGCCGAAUUUGAUCUUCAUAAAAAGAAAGAAGUUGGGGUAUCUGAUUUAACAUUAUUAUCAAAAAUUACUGAUGAUGAAAUUAAUAAUAAUCUUCAAAAGAGAUUUAUGAAUGAUACAAUUUAUACUUAUAUUGGACAUGUAUUAAUUUCGGUUAAUCCAUUUCAAGAUUUAGGGAUUUAUACAAUGGAAACUUUAAAUACUUAUCGAGGUAGAAAUAGAUUAGAAGUUCCACCUCAUGUAUUUGCUAUAGCAGAAGCUAUGUAUUAUCAUUUAAAAUCUUAUGGAGAAAAUCAAUGUGUAAUUAUUUCUGGUGAAUCAGGAGCUGGUAAAACUGAAGCUGCUAAACAAAUUAUGCAAUAUAUUGCAAAUGUUUCAGUUGAUAGUUCAAAUGCUGAUAUUUCAAAAAUUAAAGAUAUGGUUUUAGCAACAAAUCCAUUAUUAGAAUCUUUUGGAUGUGCAAAAACUUUAAGAAAUAAUAAUUCUUCAAGACAUGGGAAAUAUCUUGAAAUAUUCUUUAGUGAAGGAAGUUAUCAACCAAUUUCAGCUCAUAUAACUAAUUAUUUACUAGAAAAGCAAAGAGUAGUAUCACAAAUUACUAAUGAACGUAAUUUCCAUAUUUUUUAUCAAUUUACAAAAGCUUGUCCACCUCAAUAUAAACAAUCAUUUGGAAUUCAAGGUCCAGAAACUUAUAUUUAUACUUCGGCUGCUAAAUGUAUUAAUGUUGAUGGAAUUGAUGAUUCAAAAGAUUUUAAUGAUACAAUUAAUGCCAUGAAAAUUAUUGGAUUAACUCAACAAGAACAAGAUAAUAUAUUUAGAAUGUUAGCUCUGAUAUUAUGGAUUGGAAAUAUAUCAUUUGUUGAAGAUGAAAGUGGUAAUGCAGCUAUAAGAGAUGAAACAGUUACUCAAUUUGUGGCUUACUUAUUAGAUGUAAAUUCUGAAAUUUUAAAGAAAUCAAUAAUUGAAAGAACUAUGCAAACUUCUCAUGGUAUGAAAAGAGGUUCAACUUAUCAUGUUCCAUUAAAUAUUGUUCAAGCAACAUCAGUUAGAGAUGCAUUAGCAAAAGGAAUUUAUAAUAAUUUAUUUGAAUGGAUCGUUGAAAGAGUUAAUGUAUCACUUAAAGGAUCUCAAGCAUCAAAUAAAUCCAUUGGUAUAUUAGAUAUUUAUGGAUUUGAAAUUUUUGAUCAUAAUUCUUUUGAACAAAUUUGUAUUAAUUAUGUUAAUGAAAAAUUACAACAAAUCUUUAUUCAAUUAACUUUAAAGGCUGAACAAGAUGAAUAUGUUCAAGAACAAAUUAAAUGGACUCCAAUUGAUUAUUUUAAUAAUAAAGUUGUUUGUGAUUUAAUUGAAGCUACAAGACCUCAACCAGGAUUAUUUGCAGCAUUAAAUGAUUCAAUUAAAACUGCUCAUGCUGAUUCUGAUGCAGCUGAUCAAGUAUUUGCUCAAAGAUUAAGUAUGGUAGGAGCAAGUAAUCGUCAUUUUGAAGAUCGUCGAGGUAAAUUUAUUAUUAAACAUUAUGCUGGAGAUGUAACUUAUGAUGUGGCUGGGAUGACUGAUAAAAAUAAAGAUGCUUUAUUAAAAGAUUUAUUAGAAUUAUUAUCUACUUCAAAAAAUAAUUUUGUUAAUCAAAUUUUAUUUCCUCCUGAAUUACUUGUGGCAGCUUCUGAUUCUAAAAAGAUGCAAACAGCUUCUGAUAAAAUUAAAACUAGUGCUAAUUUACUUGUAGAUACUUUAUCAAAAUGUCAACCUUCAUAUAUUAGAACCAUUAAACCUAAUCAAACUAAACGUCCAAAAGAUUAUGAUAAUCAACAAGUUUUACAUCAAAUUAAAUAUUUAGGUUUAAAAGAAAAUGUUCGAAUUAGAAGAGCAGGUUUUGCUUAUCGUACAACAUUUGAUAAAUUUGUGCAAAGAUUUUAUUUAUUAUCUCCUGUAACAGGUUAUGCUGGAGAUUAUAUUUGGCAUGGAGAUGAUAUUUCUGCUGUUAAAGAAAUUUUAAGAGCUUGUCAUAUUCCAAAUACUGAAUAUCAAUUAGGUACUACUAAAGUAUUUAUUAAAACUCCAGAAACUUUAUUUGGUUUAGAAGAUUUACGAGAUAAAUAUUGGCAUAAUAUGGCUGCCAGAAUUCAAAGAGCUUGGAGAAGAUAUUUAAAGAGAAAGGAAGAUGCGGCUAAAAUAAUGCAAAGAGCUUGGAGAUUAAAGAAACAUGGUAAUCAAUUUGAAAUCUUACGAGAUUAUGGUAAUGGAUUAUUAAAGGGGCAAAAGGAAAGAAGAAGAAUGUCAAUGUUAGGAUCUCGAGCAUUUUUAGGAGAUUAUUUAGGUUGUAAUGAUACUUCUGGUCAAGGAAAAUUUAUUAUUAAUCAAACGGGUAUUAAUGAAAAAGUGGUAUUUUCAAGUCGAGGAGAAAUUCUUCAAGCUAAAUUUGGUAGAUCAUCAAAGAGAUUACCAAGAAUUUUUAUUUUAACUAAAAGUACGUUUUAUGUUAUUGCUGAAACAUUAAUUGAAAGGAAACUUCAACUUCAAAAGGAACAUUCAACUUCAGUAAGUUCAAUUAAUUAUGUUGGAUUAUCUUCAUAUGCUGAUAAUUGGGUAGCAAUUUCUUUACAUUCUCCCACUCCAACUAAUCCUGAUCUUUUUAUUAAUUUAGAUUUUAAAACAGAACUAGUUACUCAUUUGAAAAAGAUUAAUCCUGGUUUAACUAUUAAUAUUGGACCAACCAUUCAAUAUCAAAAGAAAGCUGGUAAGUUUCAUGCUGUUAAGUUUGUUUCAAGUAAUACUAAUGAAAUUCCUAUUAAUGGCGAUGUAUAUAAAUCUGGUACAGUAACUGUUAAACCAGGUUUACCAGCUAAUAGUGUUAAUCCAAAAAGACCAAGAGGUCCAGCUGGAAAGGUUGAUUAUUCUAAAUAUUAUAAUCGUGGAAGUGCUAGAAAGAAUGUUGGUAGUUAUGUUCCGGCAGUUCAAGCUCAAGCACAAAAUCGUUCAUAUCCAAAUCCUGUUCAACAGACUUAUCAGCAGCCAGCACCUCAAGUAACUCAACCAGUGGUACAACCAGUCGCUCAACAACCAGUUCAAAGAAAAGUUCCACCUCCAGCUCCAGGAAUUGCACAAGCUCAACCUCAAGCACAAACAUCUAAACCAUCAGCACCUUCAAGACCAGUAAAGAAAUCAGCUCCAUCUCCACCAGUAAGAAAAACUGCUCCACCACCUCCUCCUCCACCUCCAGCUCUUUCUGCUCCUCCUAAACCAAAAUUCCCUACUUAUAAAGCCAUGUAUGAUUAUGAUGGAUCAGUGGCUGGUACAUUUGCUCUUGUUAAAGAUAUAGUAUAUUAUGUAGCCAAUGUUAAUGGUAAAUGGGGUCUUGUAAAGCCCUUAGAUGAACUGACUGAAGGUUGGUCACCUAUUGAUUAUUUACAAGAAUGUGAACCACCUGCUAGUUUAUUUGGUUCUGGCUCUCAAAUUCCUACUCCUCCACCAGCUCCACCAGCUCCAGUUGCUAAACAGGCAGUAGCUUCAUCGGUUGCUACCACUACAACUGCAGCUGUUCAAAAUGGGAACUUAAGUAAUGGAUUGGCAGAUGCCUUAAAGGCCAAGAAACAAGAGGAAACUACUUUGGCAGGUUCAUUAGCAGAUGCUUUAAAGAAGAGACAAGGAGCUACACGAGAUGAUAGUGAUGAAGAGGAAGAAGAUGAUGAUGAUUGGUGAUGGUGACUAUAUAGACAGUAUGGAUUAGUAAUACUAAAUGUAUGAUACAAUUA